AUUCAUUUGGUGAUCUUAACUCGAGAGCGCAACACGCAUACGCAUUCGUAUUCGUAUUCGCAUUCGCACCGAGGCAGUGGCCAGCAGUCGACAGCCGAGAACCAAACUCCAAGUUCCGAAUCCCCAUCAUCGAACAACCCAAUAACUUCUGCUGUGUUCUCGUAUCUCUCUCUGCCCCCUUCGUGUUUUUGUGUGUUUAUGUGCUGAGGCUUUUCCUUGUCAGUUUAACAACAAUUUCGAAAAGUGAACCCGAAUAUAAUUGCAUAAUUAAAGAAUUUUUUAAAUAUAUCACAGAGUGCUGCGUGUGCGAAAAAAAUACAACACAGAAUAUACAAAAAUAUAUAAAGAAUUGCCAGACUGCUGAAUCACCCGUAAUUUAUAUAUAUACAAUAUAUACUCACGUAUAAACGUAUAUAGAAAUCAGUUUUCGUAGCCAUAGCCUUCACGAACCCCACGCCGUCCACGUCAUCUACAAAAAAGAAAUAAAAUUCAAAUUUUUUAAGCAAUUUUAAGAGGCGAAGAAACCAUAAACGAACGAUUGUAUAGACUAACUGUAAACAAGUGUCAGGAAAGAGAGCAGAAAAGAGCAGAGCAAUGUCGAAAAAUAACGGAAAGCCCGAAAAAGUCGAAUAUGAAUACUAUCAGCCCGCGAAGAAGCGAACAUUCGGAGAGAUGCUCUACGAUCCCCAGGAGGGAACCUUCUUCGGGCGAACCGGCAAAAGUUGGGGUCAACUGAUGCUGUUCUAUGGCAUCUUUUAUAUCGUUUUGGCCGCCUUGUUCUCCAUCUGCAUGCAGUGUCUGUUGUCCACCAUCAGCGACACACAGCCCAAGUGGCAGCUGAAGGAAUCCCUGAUAGGCACCAAUCCCGGCCUGGGUUUCCGACCACUGAGCGAGCAAACCGAACGCGGUUCGGUCAUUGAGUUUGAUGGCAAGAAGCCAGCCGAAAGCGACUACUGGAUCGAGUUGAUUGAUGAAUUCUUGAUAGAUUACAAUCACACUGAGGGGCGGGAGAUGAAACAUUGCAGCUUUGGACAGACCCACAAUCCCACCGAUGUUUGUGUGGUGAAUAUGGAUCUGUUUGGUGCCUGCUCGAAGGCCAACAACUAUGGCUACAAGACCAACGAGCCCUGCAUAUUCCUCAAGCUGAACAAGAUCUUUGGCUGGGUGCCAGAGGUGUACGAUGCUCCCGAAAAGGACAUGCCCGAGGAUCUGACAAGGCUCAUUACCAACACGAGUCAAGAGGAGCGAAAACAAAUCUGGGUUAGCUGCAAUGGACAUCUUGGCAAGGAUAAGGAGAACUUCCAGAACAUCAGCUACUAUCCCAGUCAGGGAUUCCCCAGCUUCUACUAUCCCUACCUCAACCAGCCGGGCUAUCUGAGUCCCCUCGUCGCCGUGCAGUUCCACUCGCCGCCCAGAGGCCAGAUGCUGGAUGUGGAGUGCCGCGCCUGGGCCAAGAAUGUCUUCUACAGUGGCAGUGCCCGCGACCGCAGGGGCUCUGUGACCUUCCAGAUCGUCGUGGAGUAAGGCCCGCGUGGUACCCGGAAACUGUCGCCAACUUGUGAUCGCAACCACAAACACUAGCCAUAUGCAGGGGGCGAGGAUAUGGCAAGACCAACUACCAUCUACGAUCUACCUAAUUACAAGAGAUACAAAAACACACCCACACAGAAGAUAGAAGAUAAAAGAUAUAUAUAUGCAUAUGGAGAGAGCUAGCGAUGCCCGUUUUGAAUCGUAUUGUAUAUAUUUAUAUGAAGAAUGAGGAAUGAGGAAUGAGGAAAGGAAAGAGUUAUCCGAGCGCAACGAGAAUGGAUGGGAAGACAGGCCCCAAAGGAUUUGGAAUGAUGCAUUAUGAAAAUCUUUAAAAUGAAAGUUCAAAUCGUACACACACACACGCAAUUGUUGUUAUAGCUUGUCGGCUUGUCUACUGCUAUAGUGUUAUUAUUAUUAAUAUUUAUCUAUUAUUUUAUUAUGAAUUCUUGUAAUUACGAUCAUUACCUUCUGUCAGUUGUAUUUAGUUUGUAUUUAUAAAUGUUAUAUCAUGCCCAAGAACUCGUUUGUUUUCUACCCAAUUUGCUAAACGGGCCCAAGCCCCGCCCCGCCUCUUUCAAUUCUGUACAAAGAAGCAACUAAAUAAAUUGUAAUUGUUAAAUCUUA